UUUGUAAUCAAACUCCUCUUUAAGUGAACGCAUGUGCCCUGCCGGUAUUAGGGAUGUAUAUUCCUCUGGGGAUAUACAAUUUGGCGUAGCACCGACUCUUGUUUCUUGUUUUGUUUUUUUCUUUCUGUUCUCUGAACAUCCGCUAGUCUUCCCAUCGUUCAGCUUCACUCUGCCCGACCAAGUUCGGCUGUUCCCGUCACGAAGCGUUCAAGUGGAGGAAAAGCAGAAAGGAGGUAGGAGUCAUACGAGGAAGGAGGGGAAAAAAAAGAAAAAGAAGUAAAACGACAAUUUAAGAUUAACGGCACCAGCAGGAAGUGAAAGCGGCACGAAUCGGCGGUUUGAGAGUCCGUCGUGUGGUCUUCGCCUUUAGUGUCAACAGAAUCGGUCUACUUGUGACAUUGCGCGUGAGCCGAGAGAAAAAAGGUCCCCUCCCAGUUUACUGACGGAUACAGUUAGCUGCGGUGGAAGGAGACCGACUGUACCUGACUGUGCGUUACCCCCGCCAGGAUUGUCCUCUGCUCUGCACAGCGUAACCUGAAAGUCGUCCAAAAAGUGCUAUUUUGCCCAGGAUGUCUUCAAAGACACCAAGCUCCAACAACAUAGCCCAUGCCAGGAGGACGGUGCAACAACUCAGGAUAGAGGCCAGCAUCGAGAGAAUAAAGGUAUCCAAGGCCUCGGCAGACCUCAUGAAUUACUGUGGUGAGCAUGCCAAGUACGACCCUCUCCUCAUGGGCAUCCCUGCUUCGGAAAACCCUUUCAAGGAUAAAAAACCGUGCACUAUAUUGUAGUGGACACCAUUUAGCCUUAAUGUUUGUUUUUGCUUAUUAAUGUUGCUGUCUUCUUUUUGUUAAGAGGGGUCAGAGGUGGAUUGUGAUCUAAAAUACUUUCACUAUCUAAUUUUUGAACCUUCACUCACUCUGUAACAAUUCACCAAUUCAACCACUAUUUUUCUCAAAAACAGCGAACCAAGUAGUGAGGCGCGCCGUAGCCGCCUCACCACACUAUUCAACAUAAAGUCAUUCUCCUUGGCAGUGCAGCUGAUGCUCUGCGGGUUGAACUCUAACCACUAACAAGCCUUUUGUUGUAGUAGUUGCAAUGUUGUGGCAUUAAAACCUACCCCCGGUGUCUCACACAAUUACAGAUGGAAGAUAUUGUUGGUAUCUGAACACUUUAAAAUAGCUCUGGCACACACUCGCUGUUGUUGUGGAUCAGGUCCUUCCUUUGCACACAGAUUCAAGACUGUGUUUGGCGACGACUGUUAUAGCAUCUCUCCGGUUCAAAUUGAUGGAUUUCAAAGAUUCCCUCCAAACCUUUAAAAGCUGUGUUAACUGUGUAAAGUUGGAUAACAGUCUCUGUUACAACGUGUCUUACAGACCUUGAUUCCACAAGAGUUGUACAGCUGUUGUGUAAUUCGGCUGAAUUAAUCCAGGGUGAAGGUUUAUGGUGAGCUCGCACCCAGAACUUAGAGCAAUUUACUGUUUUUGUGGGUGCUGUCAUCUCGCUAUAUCUUGUGUUGAAAUAACUAUAAUUACCCCGCAACCCUUUGCAGUUUCAACAGUUGUGCAAACCCAGUGGAGACAGGGCCAUGACAAUCUAACACCCACUCAAUCCAUGUCUCCCUGCCGGGUGUUGGCAAUGGGCUCUACCAUUGUCUCUUUAACCUAGUACUGACUUGUGAACCCGAGAUAUGUUCCACACAAUCAUUUCCACCCUCAGAUCUCAACGUUAUAGCGCCUUUGGAAACUUCUGUGAAGGUAGUGUAGUGUUUUAUUUUUUUGGGCUUGUUCCCCCAUUUUCUCCCCAAUUGUAUCCGGCCAAUUAGCCCACUCUUGCGAGCCGUCUUGGUCGCUGCUCCACCACCACCUCUGCUGAUCCGGGGAGGGCUGCAGACUACCAUAUGCUUCCUCUGAUACAUGUGGAGUCACCAGCUGCUUCUUUUCACCUGACAGUGAGGAGUUUCACCAGGGGGAUGUAGUGUGUGAGAGGAUCAUGCUAGUCCCUCCAGCCCCCCCCCCCAAUAGGCGCCCCGACCGACUGGAGGAAGCACUAGUGCAGCGACCAGGACACAUACCCACAACGGAAUAGAUCGCUACACUACCCGAACGCCCGGUAGUGUAGUAUUUCUUAGGGUGUACGUAUGUAUAGGACCCAUGAAAAAAAGAAUGUCACCGAAUAAUUGGGCUAAAAUGAUGUCCCACAUCCAGGCUACCUGCAGUACCUGUGACAUCCCUCAGACAACAGCAGAUGACCAUUGCGCUCCUGCAGAAACAUUUUGUAGUCGUUUUUAUGGUGGCACACAGCUUACACUCUGGCCAGUGUGUUGUGUUGCACAACCUUGUGACCAAAUCCAACUAAGUGAUAAUGCAUUUCAUAAUGUUGAAAUAUCGGCAUGAAUGAGAAAAUCCACCAUUUUUUUGGUGAUAAAUGGGUCUUUUCAGGACACACUAUUGCAGGAUACGAUAUGAAUGAGAAGAAGCAGCCAACCUAAUUAAUGGAAAGUAUUCCACAACACUGUGAGCCAUGUUGAUCUAUUCAUGGCAACAGCUGUCUUAGUCUAGUCUGUGUGUACACCAGUGUAUUUAAGUGUUUUUUGGGGUAAGUAUUACCGGCACGAGUGCAGUUGGUUGUGUGAAAUAAAUCAGCUCUCCCGAGAUCAUUCUCAAAAUGUCUCUUUAAAGUGUAGAUUAGAAAUUGGCGGGGACCCUGCUCUGUCUCUUGUUUAAAAAUUACAUGUCGUGUUUUUUUGACCAGCUGAGAGAAAUGAACGCCAAUUAAUAACAGAAACACGAUAGAUAGCAUAAAUUGAAUUCCUUAUUACACUCAAAAGCCUUACUUAUUUUUGCCUUGUAUUAUGAAGAACAGUCUUACUUGUGCUUUAUUGGAAAAAAAGGAGAGGAUGUUUCUAUCAAAUGUGUUUAUCUAUAUGUGAUAAAAGUGAUUUGUAACUAUAUUGUGCCAUCGUUUUGUCUACAUGAUGUCAUUCGCAAAAUGUUUGUGAUUACCUGGUGCUCUGUUUUCAGCAGUUGUGGUAUUAUUGCCAGGGGUGCACAUAACUGUUUUGGUCUGGUUCUCAAGGGAGCACCUUGAGAUGUUGCUUGGUACUCACGGCAUGGUCGUCCUACUACCUGUUGUCAUCACAACCCUCCUGACUGCUCUCCUCACCAUCUUCCUCUCUUUCAAACAUGGCAGACGAUGAUGUAGGCCUUCUGUCUUUCUGGUUGAGCUUGCAAUUAGCUGUUUGCAUCCAUAAGUCAGUAGCUGGCUUUGGGUCAAAACAAGUGGAUGUGCAUCAGGAACAAGAGGUGAGAGUCAGACAGGCAGGAUUUCUACUUGCUUUUAACUAGAUUGAGAUGUGGCAAAUCCCUUCUCACGUGCAGCACUGACUGACUGUCAUCAUGUGCUCUUUACUCUUCUCGUGCUUUUCAAAAGCUGGAUGACUGAACAUUUUUAGUCCCUAUAUAAAAGAUGCUGCUUUUAUCCACGGGAUUGGGAUUUUCACGGCAUGUUUUGCGCCAUGUCGGCCGUCAUCUGUUUGGAGCCAGGCCAGCUCCUGCAGCCACUUCUCCGUGAAUACAUGUUUUUUAUGUUCAGGUUCAGUCUGGCGUUUCUUUGAAGGUGAUGGAAUACCAAAGAAAUUUCUUAAAGUGUAACUUCUCCCCCGGGUAUGAGCCUAACUCCACCCACUGUAUAAUUUAGAAAAAUGCUCAAAAGUGGCCAAGGGGCUGGGGGGGGGGGGGGUAGGAGCAUGAGCAGGAGUAGCUAGAGGGAUCUGUGAGAAGGGCCCGGUGCGAGUUGCCGGAUCGCCGCCGCACUGUACCCAGUCCCCUGCACCACACGGCGUCGGACACCACCCAGUGAAGACGCCUCGCGGUGCAAAUGCACCGCAGAAGGAAAUGGGCCCUGCGAGACGGGCCGCAGCUUUCCGGCGGCGGAGAGAGGCGGGCGAUGGGGCGACUUCUGUCAAAGGCACAAAUCCGAACCAUUGUGUCAAAAUUAAAAAUGAUGAAAUAAUAUAACUCAUUGUAAAUUGAGAGAAUUCAAAAGCUUGAUGGAAAAUGUGAUAAAGUUGCAAGGUUAGCAAGUAAACCCUGAAUGAUGAGUCUCGAUCAGCAUAUAUUUGAAAAUCAAUCAGUCAAUCAAGUUGGAUUUUUUAUAGCGCUUUUCUAGCUGCAACAGCCACUCAAAGUGCUUUACAAUUAAAUAAAUGAGUGUGAUUUCACAGACCCACACUCAAGGUUGGGGCUGAGAGAGAUGGGUCACCCAAGGCACUAAGUUUUUUUACAAAAUGUAUUUCAUGAUGUAGGUAAGUUCCAAGUGGUCAACUCUACGUAAGCAUUGGCCUUGCCAAGGCUUAGGGCUGGUUUAAAACAGUAGACAGCGUGUUGAGCCAUUUUCAAUCUAUGAAAUGCCGAUUUUUAUAAAUUUGGUUAGAAAUGUCCAUAUUAACACCAGCAUUGAUGUAUUUCAUCACCAUAUAGUCAUAUCGUUCAGUUUACAGCUCAAAAAACAUGUUUAAGUGUUUAUUGCAUCUUUAAUGUGGCUUGCUUCUUGGGCAUUUUGAUGAAUGGAUGAAAAUCCUAGAACCAGAGAAACAAUGUAAGCUAGUUGUAAUGUAAACCAUCCAUCCAUCCAUUAUCCAAACCGCUCAUCCUGCUCUCAGGGUCGCGGGGAUGCUGGAGCCCAUCCCAGCAGUCGCUGGGCGGCGUAAUGUAAACUAGUUGUAACGUAAGCUAGCUAUUUGCUAGAGCUAAAAUUUUAACCUUGCUAACUUGGAAAAAAACACAUCUACAUAACGGAGUCUAAAAGUUAAACAAUUAACAACUGCUUAUAUAACAAUAACACAUUUGUCAUAAUGGCUCUCUUACCAGCGAUGUAUGGAGAAAACCCUAAUGCUUCAGUAAGCAACUGUGUCAAAAAUGUUUGUACGCCAAAGCGCCUCUUUCCAUAUUAUCUGCUGCACAUCCUUUAUUUUGUCCAAGCAAGCUCACCUGAGCACCAGUUAUGUGCACCCCUGGUUAUUGCCAUCUCUAAAAGGUACUUCCAGGUCUUCAAGCCAGCAAGAGCUGGUGAUAUUAUCAUCCGAGUGUAUAGUUUUUAUGAUUUACUCUGUCAUUUCCUGUUAUUUGUGUUAGUAUUGAUAUUAAAUCAUUCCGUUUGCCACGUCAGAUCUAUUUAUAGAUAACUACUGCCACAUCAUAAUUUCUGUCUAUUUUAAACACCCCAGCAAUUGCCUUGUUGCACCACUGAUGGACCAAUGGACAAUUUCAAUUGCCAAAUUUUACAAUCAGACAAUUUCUUUGUUGAUAAACCAACCUGUGUAGGAACAUGAUUGGGAUUUUAAAAUGGGAGUAUUCAUGCAUUACUGUAUUAUGCUAACAUCAAAAUAAAAAAGCAGUGACCUUAAUUUGGUAGAAUUCAG